AUGGGGGCCCAUAAACGAGCCCUGCUCGUGGCCUUUGGCACCUCGUUAGCCCUGACGAGGUUUGUUUUUCGAGACUGCCGACAUGGAGUCUUCAUCGCAGAGCAAAUCGUGGAGAAGGACGAGGGGCCGUAUUACACCCACCUGGGCUCGGGGCCCACCGUGGCCUCCAUCAGGGAGCUCAUGGAAGAGCGGUACGGAGAGAAGGGCAAGGCCAUCCGCAUCGAGAAGGUCAUCUACACCGGGAAAGAGGGCAAGAGCUCCCGGGGCUGCCCCAUUGCCAAGUGGGUGAUUCGCAGACACAACCAGGAGGAGAAGCUGCUGUGCCUGGUGCGGCACCGGGCCGGGCACCACUGCCAGAACGCCGUGAUCAUCAUCCUCAUCCUGGCCUGGGAGGGCAUCCCCAGGACCCUGGGGGACACCCUGUACCAGGAGCUCACCGACACCCUCACCAAGUACGGCAACCCCACGAGCCGCCGCUGCGGCCUCAACGACGACCGGACCUGUGCCUGCCAAGGCAAGGACCCCAACACCUGUGGUGCUUCCUUCUCCUUCGGCUGCUCCUGGAGCAUGUACUUCAACGGCUGCAAAUACGCCCGGAGCAAAACCCCCCGCAAGUUCAGGCUGGUGGGAGACAAUCCCAAAGAGGAAGAGCUGCUCCGGAGAAGCUUUCAGGACUUGGCCACCGAGGUUGCCCCGCUUUACAAGAGGCUGGCGCCACAAGCCUACCAAAACCAGGUCACCAACGAGGACGUAGCGAUCGACUGCCGGCUGGGCCUGAAGGAGGGGAGGCCGUUCUCAGGGGUGACGGCGUGUAUGGACUUCUGUGCCCACGCUCACAAGGACCAGCACAACCUCUACAACGGCUGCACGGUGGUCUGCACACUGACCAAGGAAGACAAUCGCGUGGUGGGCAAAAUCCCCGAGGAUGAGCAGCUGCACGUCCUGCCCCUCUACAAGAUGUCCAGCACGGAUGAGUUUGGCAGUGAGGAGAACCAAAACGCCAAGGUGGGCAGCGGGGCCAUCCAGGUGCUCACGUCCUUCCCGCGCGAGGUCCGCAGGCUGCCUGAACCUGCCAAGUCCUGCCGGCAGAGGCAGCUGGAGCAUGGGUGCCAACCCCAACCUCUGUGCUCUGUGGAAUUCCUGAGCCUGGCCAAGUGUUUCAGGGUUGUCGCUCCCCUCCGGUGGCUCCCUCGGCCGGCGGGUCACAGGGGCUGUGUGUGCUGUCCCGCAGGUAUGGCCUUGAAAAGCGGGAUCCCCCCGCAGCCACUGAAACCUUCCAUCAAGGUGGAACCCCAGAGCCAUUACAACGCCUUCAAGUACAACGGCAACGCGGUGGUGGAGAGCUACUCGGUGCUGGGCAGCUGCCGGCCCUCCGACCCCUACAGCAUGAACAGUGUUUACUCUUACCAUUCCUACUAUGCACAGCCCAAUCUGCCUUCCGUGAACGGGUUUCACUCCAAGUUCGCGCUUCCCUCCUUCGGGUAUUACGGCUUUUCCAGCAACCACGUGUUCCCCUCGCAGUUCCUCAACUACGGGGCGCCCGAGCGGGGUGGGAGCACCUGGGUGAGCAAUGGCUACGAGAAGAAACCCGACGUCUCGGUGCUGCAGGAGAACCUCAACCACACCUACGGGAACACCAACUUCCCUGAGCCCGUCCCGCAUGGCAUGCGGAGCAAGAACCACCACCAGCGCACCUACGAGCGGGCCAACCGCUACGCCAGCCAGCAGAAAGCGACGGCUACCGGGGCACACAGGACUAACCCAGGCUCAGAGGAGGCACCGUCCUUUGCACAGAACUGUUUUGGCAGCCGCCCCAUCAAGCAGGAGCCUCCGGACCCUCCACCUGCCAUUGAACCCCUUCCCGGUGCAGCGGCCGUGCCCAGCGCCGACCUGACACUGCCGGCCAUCCCGGCACACGGCGCGGCGCCAGAGCAGCGCUGGAGCCCCUUCAAGGCGCCACGGGGCGGGAAAUGA